AUGUACAAGAGUCUUACUUUCAUUCUUAUUGUAAUUAUUGGCAUUGCUAAUGCUCGUGGCUUUAGUAACAUUAAAGCAGAAAAUAUUCGACAUAUUAAAUCAUUUUCUUCACAAAAAAAUGUAGGUCUUGAUCUGUGUCCAACAUGUAUCAAUGUUGCUGAUGAAUCAAUUAAUAUUUUGCUCAAUUUAAUUUUGGACACUGGUAUUAUUGGUACAUGUGGUACAUUAUGUCAAGCUUUGGCUGAAAAAACUGGAUCACAAAUCCUUGGUACAGUCUGUGAUAUAGUUUGUGAUGUUGUUGGCAUUGAUGAAUUCAUCAAAUUAAUCGAAAAAGCUGAUCUUGAUCCAAUAUGGUACUGUGAAAUUGCUAAAUUAUGUCCAGUUAAUGAUCAUGGUGAUGCUAAAAUUACCAAAUUUACAAUCUUACCACCAACUGGUCGUCAAGGACAAACAUUUACUAUUGACUUCACUUUUGUAUCAGUCAAUGGAACUGGUACUGGUGAACUUACAAUUGAUAUUCGUACUCCUGAUCAUAUUCCACUUGGUACUGGUUUCUUAUUACAAGCUCAGAAACCUGGUACAUACAAUGAACGAAUUACUGUCAAAGCUGAACCUGAUCCACAAUGUGAUCCUACACAACAACCAUGUGAACAAUGGUUACCAGGAGUUUAUAAUGUAACAGUUCAAAUUUGCAAUGGUGAAUGUGGCUCAAAACAUCCACACUCAGCCAUCUAUGAUACAGGCCGAGGUACAUUUCAACUUACUGGAUAA